AUGCCUUCUCAAGACCAAAUCACCAGUCAAGGAACCAACUCUCAAGGUAAUAAUUACGAUACAAGAAGUGAUUCAUCUGGUAAUACCGGAUAUCAUUAUUCCAAUAAUAACGGAUCAUACUAUUAUUCCAAUACCAAUGGAUCCAAUUACUACAAUAGUGGUAAUGGAUAUUCUCAAUAUACUUCUUCUUCAGGAGAUACAUCCAAAUCCUACUCCAGUAACGAUAAGAAAUGA